AUGGCCACUAAAAACAGGACAGAAGUGACUGAAUUUGUGUUGUUGGGCUUGUCCAGCAGGCCAGAGAUGCAGCCAGUUAUUUUUGGAGUUGUCCUUGUCAUGUACCUGAUGGCAGUUAUGGGCAAUACCCUACUAAUACUUGUUGCUUGCUCAGACCCCAAGCUUCAGACCCCCAUGUACUUCCUGCUCAGCCAGCUUUCCUUGAUUGACAUAUCUCUAACAACCAUCACAGUUCCUCAGAUGCUGGUGCACACACUGUCUGUGGAUAGAAGCAUUUCAUAUAACCACUGUAUAGUACAGCUAUUCUUCUUUAUGGCAGUGGGCAGCAUGGAAGGCCACUUGCUGGCUGCCAUGGCAUAUGACCGCUUUGUUGCCAUCUGUGACCCUUUAAGAUACUCUGCCAUUGUCAGUCAUAGCCUCUGUCUGAGAAUAACAUUGACCUCAUGGGUGGUGGUCAGCCUUAACAGUCUCCUGUAUAGUGUGCUGGUCACUCGUUUAACCUUCUGUGGCAACCAGGUCACUCACUUCUUCUGUGACAUCACUCCUCUGCUGAAGCUCUCCUGCACUCGACCAUUGGUCAAUGAAAUGUUAAUCUUCACUGAGGGUGUAGCUGUGGUGGUCAGUCCCUUCUUUUUCAUUUUAGGGUCCUAUGUCCGCAUAGGUGUUGCUAUAGCCCACAUGCAUUCAAUUGCUGCCCUGAGUAAAGCUCUGUCUACCUGUGGCUCCCACAUUUUGGUUGUGCUGCUCUUGUAUGGUUCUGUGAUUCGCAUGUACCUCAAGCCAUCCUCUAGCUAUGACUUAGCCCAGGAUCGCCAGGUUGCCAUCUUUUACACAGUAGUCACUCCUAUGCUAAAUCCAGUCAUCUAUAGCCUCAGGAACCAAGAAGUUAAAGGAGCUCUACAGAGGCUUUUUAGGAAACUUUGCAUUUCAGGAAGCUUCCAGCCUGGCUCUCAGGCAAACAAACAAUGCCAGCACACCUCCUGA